AUGGUAAUGGAUGCAGAUUCAUCAGUUGUUGAAGAUGGUCUAACAAUUGCUGAGAGUCAAGCGGUCUGGAAUCUGAUUCAUAGAAAAAUAAUUCAUGCUGUUUACCAAACUUUCGAGUCUUCACCACGAUCAAUUAUAAGUCGCAAAGACACACUACUUGAAAUUUUGCACAAUGCUGUUGAUAUGCAAACGAAAGAUAUUCAAAGCAAAAUCAACAAUUGUUUUAAAACUUUGAUGGUUGUACCCCAAAAAUCUGAGUUCUUUGAUGGUUUUAUCAAAAGAAACUACACUGCACACAAAACAGCCGAAAACGAGUUUCCCCAGGUAUACCAAUUAAUCAAAGGGAUUCCAGAAUUUAAUGUCGCUUAUUCUUUAUAUCUGCAUACCCCUGGUUGGAAUGAGUUCUGCUACUUAUUAGAACAAGCGAUCGUAAAUAAUCAACCAAUCAAUUGA